CAAUCACAUGCUGUGAAAGACAUAAACAUGCAGUACUCAAUGCAAUGGAAAUCUUAGGGGUAAUGAUGUCAUUUUCAAUGAUCAAGGUACCAGAAUUAUCAACCGAUUGAAAGUUUCUCAGUACCAGAAAAAUGCUAAUGGCACGCUACACCGUGUACAUGUUGGAGAGGUGACCGUUACAAAAUUGAAUGUGACCUUCCACCCACUUCUGACAUCAUUUCAUUUUCCUGAGGGUAUACCUAAUGAUGGGAUACCAAUUGAGGAUGUGGUGACAGUCUCAGUGGCUCUGACAGUGGUCUAUGUCAUUCUGGCCACUGCUGGACUAGUGUUUACUGUGACUUGCAUUUUGUUCAACAUUAUAUUCAGAGAGAAAAGGUUAAUUCGACUCUCCAGUCCUAACCUCAACUACCUGAUUGGACUGGGAGCUAUAGUUCUCUACCUCAAUGUCAUCACUCUCGUCAUUCCAACCACAAACACACACUUUGCUGCUGUACUCUGCAAUAUCAAUCCCUGGCUUAUAUCUCUCGGUUACUCUUUCUGCUAUGGAACUAUCAUUAUCAAAAUGAUCAGAGUCUGGAUCAUUUUCAACAAUCCCCUGCAACUGAAAACAUCAUUCUUCAGGGACUAUCUGAUGGCACUGUUUGUCCUGUCUCUGGCUGUCAUUGAUGUAGUCAUUCUCCUAACAUACACUGCGACUGAGGCUGUGAGAGACAACCUUGGAGUGAAACUCACAGCAAACCGAGAACUUCCCAAUGAGACCUUUGGUGCAACAGCUGAGCAACACAAGUAUUUUUUCUACAUCUGUAAAUCUGGAGGGCAAGUCGUCCUCUAUACGAUUCUGUUUGGAUACAAGGGCAUUCUGCAAGUCCUGGCUCUGCUCCUGGCUUUCCGUACUCGCAACGUGAAGGUGAAGGGUCUGGAUGACUCUGUGUACAUUGCUGCCUCUGUGUACGUCACAAGUAUUGUGUUGACUGUCAUCAUUAUCUCCACCUACACUCUGAGGGACUAUGUGAAUGCCUACCCAGCUGUGGUGGGAAUGGGGUUGCUGCUGGGAACCACCAUGAUCCUCGGACUUGUCUUCAUACCCAGAAUGGUGGGGCUGUACAAAGACCCCAAAGGAGAAACAAUCACUACCUUUGGAACAUCUGGUCCAAGAGAAGAGGCGGUUGAGAGCUCAGGCGACAAAAAGGACAAGGAGCUUCAGAUUCUUCGUCGCAGGGUUUCUGAACUUGAAACUAGUCUCAAACAGCAGCAUGCCUCUGCUCCAGUUGGAAAAGAGUCUUCAAUAUUUGAAGAAAUCAAAACUAAUGGAAAUAAUACUACCACCUGACAAUAACAAUGUUUUGUUUAAAACCCCAAUGAUAGUUUAGUUUCCAUGAAUAGAAUUCCACAGUUUUUAUAGUUUUACAAUGGUGUGAAUGUAUAAAUAUGUCACAAAAAGAAUGAUGAUGAAUUAAUGUCUCUCUAGCUCUUUAGCUGCUAUCUGACACAGUAACAGUUCAUCUGAACUGGCACUGAACUGCACACUUCCCCAGAAUUACCGUAUAAGUCUCUCUGAGUGCUGCCACACUUGGAAUUUGUCACUUAAUGAAGAAAAAUGCUCCUUUUCCGGGUGGAAAUAAGCAGA